AUGGUCCGGACAGUCUAUUCUCCGGAAUAUUGCUUGCAGUAUUUAGAGCAAUAUGCUUCGAAAGAAAUUUUCGUAAUAGGAUUAAUUCUCGGGCAGUCAACUGCCGCCCGAGAGAAUGUCAUCCACUUGGCUCGCACACCAGAUGAGAAAAGUUCUGAAAGUGCCUCAGAGACAAGUUAUGUAUUGGAAAAAAUAGAAACGAAGACACUUUUAAAUGUCUCCGAAGCGUGGGUCGCCGAUCAUGCGAAACACGUAACUAGAAUGCUUCCUGGAGGCAUGUUUGUUCAAGGGAUCUUUAUAACAAGUGAUGAAGAUAUUUUUGAGGAACCAAACAGUUUCAGCAAAGUGAAGUCAAUUGUAAAUCACAUAUACAAGGCAAUGAAUACUAACCAGUACAUGUUUGGAAACUGCCCGUAUUCAAAUGAAAGACUUAUGUUGCAUAUGUCUACUAGUACAAAAGUGCUUACUUGUAAGAGUAUUGAAGUUGGUGCACCUGCCAAAAGUACAGUAAUCAAGCCAGUGGAAUGGAAGUUCUUGCCCAAAGCCCAACAGUGGCAGCGAUUGGACUGCUAUUACGAGUUUGAUGAUGUUUAUCCUGUGAUUGUAAAGAAAAGUGGCAUAUCUGUGAAGCAACAGUUUCAGCAAAUUUUGGAAUCGGCUCACAAAACAAUUGAAUCCAGCAUCAUGUUCAUAGACGGUGAACUCAAAGACAACUCUGAAGUUCUGGAACUGCUCUUUAAAAAGAAGAAACCUAAAACUAACACUAAAUCAGUUCAGCAGGAGCUUCCUAAAUCAAUGAAUGUUUCUUUAUUUGUGCCAUUUGAAAACUCGCUACCUGAAACAGUGGAAUAUCUGGAAUGUGAUGGCAGCAUUCAUUUUAGUGGUGUAGUAUCUUCAAGUGUGUUUAUGUACCCGAAGGCAACUGUCAGUGAAACCAUUGCAGCAGUUAAACAAGACAUAAUAAGAUCCUUAGCAUCUCGGUUCACCAUGCAUUGCGAUGCAUUGAUUGAUGAUAACUUACUACCUGAAGAAAAAGUUUGCUUCAAUGAACCGCCACGCCGAGUGUUAGUCCCAGUAGGUGCUCUGUACCUCUGUGAUUAUCUUUUCCCCGGCGAAGCACCCGCUGAGGCACUUCUCUCAGUUCGAGAAUUGUUAGACCUGAAGAUUACAGAGGCUGAUGUAAUCUGUGAUGUCGAGACGCCAGCUGAUACGUCUGAGUUUGAUGCACUAGACAGGGAUGCGAGCAGUGAAGAGCUACUGGCAACACCUCAAGAAGCGAGCCAGUUCAUGUACAUCACGGGCAUUUGUUUUGCCAUGUUUGUUUUAAUUGUUUCCAUCAUCAUACACUACUACGACGGAAUCGUCAAAGUUUUAAGUAAAGUCCUCUCUAAAUAA